AUGUCAAGACAAAGGAAGUUCUUGGAAGAAAUAAAUAAUAUAAGCGAGCUGUUGUCUGAAAUCGAUGAAGAAGAUAAGUCUGAGAAUGAAGACGGUAUAUUUGAGAAUGAUAAUGAUCUAUCGGACACUGACUUUGAGCUAUCCGACACGGAUAAUCAGGAAGAGAACAUUGUGAAUACGCGUAGGCGACAAAAAAGAAUGAGAUUCUUAUCUAGCUCCGAAGACGAAUGUGAAGAGAACGAUCAGAAUAGUGAAACUUCAAUUGAUGGAACUGUUUGGCGAAAAAUUCAAGAAGGUUCUAAACCUGGAAGAUCUCCGCCUCAUACUAUUUUCAGAGAAAUAUCAGGGCCAACGGGAUAUGCGAAACGCAAUGUUAUGAAGGGCAAAGUGAAAUGGGCGAAGGGUUUAGGAAUGAUGGGCCUUUGA